GCGCUUUCAAAACAUUUUAAUGACUAAGAAUUCUCUGGUUUUGUAACAUCUGGAAUAAGUCAAACAUAAUCUAAAAACAAAGCAGUGUUUUGUUGAGCAUUUUUUUCACACUAUCAGUUCAUUUUCGUACCUACUACAAAAUAAAAAUUAUAAAAAAAACUUAUAGGUACUGUUGAUGUCAGCAAAUAUUAUAUUGAGGUCAUUAAGCCCAUUCAUGCAUUACAAAAGCUAGAACGAGUAAUUAUCGUGACAGGUUUUUUUUGUAUCUAUUAUCUUUUGCUAGUACUUGUUAGUUCUUGUUGUUCAUCACCCGCUCGCUCGCGCGUGUCUUCCUCGUUAAUGCACUUGUUGCCCAUCGCGCAGCAUGGAGGAUCCUCGACCACCGACGCUAACCGGACUCUCGAGUCUGGCCAGACUUGCGGACAGCAGCAGACCUGAGCGCGCGAGCACCAUCAUGACGAUCACGGGCUCGCGGGGCAAGAGUGCCAUUCAGAUCCAUCACUACCAACCUCUUCAUCAUCAUCACCUUCAUCAUCAUCACCUUCCUCAUCAUCCUCACCCGCAUCCUAGCUUUCAGCACCACCACAGUCAUUACAGCAGCAAGCAGAGUAGAGGGGUCUCGUGCGUGCAACUCGGACCGCCUCGCGCCACGGCAACAUCCAGGCAGCAUCAACAGCAGCAGCAGCAGCAGGACGAGUGCGAGGAGGAGGAGGAAGACGACGAAGAUGAGGUAGAGGAGGAAGAAGAGGAGCAACAGCAGCAGCAGCAGAAUCUGCAGAAGCAGCAUCAGCAGCAGCAGGUGAACACGUGGACCCGCGUGGAAAGUACCACCAGCGGAGAGUCCCGUCAGGCGCGCGAGCUCACGGCGGCCCGUGACGCAAGGAGAAGCAUCAGCACCAGCAGCACCUCCACCUCCACCACCAGCAGCAGCAUCUCAGAGACCGCGCGCGAGUUGUGCCGGGCUGUCUCCGUGUCGCUGGGCUUGGUUUCCGCAGACUGUCACGAGCUGCUGGGAGACACCGGUGGUGCCAGCAGCCGCGCGCACUUGCAGCAGCUCGUGCAGCAGCAGCAGCAGCAGCAGCGUCAGCAGCCUCCUCAGGUCCCGUUCGACUGUUGCUUUGAGAGCUGCUGCGCGAGGGACGGCUGCACCGGCGCGGGCACGGGCGCGCGAAACGACCAGCACCACCAGCAAGAGCAGCACCAGCACCACCGGCGCGCGCCCAUCGACAUGUACAAAGUGGGUGAGGACGACGCGCACGCAGAAAGCACAGUGACCGCGGCCACACUACAUGACCCGGCCGUUCGCGAGCACCAGCUGUUCAGCCUCACGAGCCUGGAGUCCAGGAACAGCAGCAGCAGCGGCGGCGGCGGCACCGCAGGCAGCGCGUGCCAAUACGAGCCACAGGUGCAGCUGGAGCCGCUGUGUCACCGCGAGGAUCCGUACGCCGCCGGGGAGCCGUACGGAGGCAGCGUCGCGCCCCCUUACGGGGUCAAGGUGAAGUGCGAGGCGCUCGAGACCUGGGGUAGAAGCCCGUACCCACAAAACUACCCUUCGACUAUGUAUCCCGCGUACGGACCUGCCCCUAACCAGCACGCCCAGUACGGGGGCCCCCCAGGGCCGCACGCGGAUCACUACGAGCGCGAGCCAUGGUUCCGCGCGCCCUACGGGCCCACGCCCACCGUCAAAAACCAGGUGGGGGAAUGGCUGGACGUCAGCACGCUCGCGGAUGGCAGGUUUGAGGGUGGGAGGGAGGUGUUUCCCAUGGACUUUUUUUUCCCUCCUCAGCGCACCUGCCUGAUCUGCUCUGAUGAAGCAUCUGGGUGUCAUUAUGGCGCGCUCACCUGUGGCAGCUGCAAGGUGUUCUUCAAGCGAGCUGCUGAAGGGAAGCAGAAGUAUCUUUGUGCCAGUAGGAACGACUGCACCAUUGAUAAGCUGCGGAGGAAGAAUUGCCCCUCUUGUCGUCUGAAGAAGUGCUUUGAGGCAGGAAUGACUCUUGGAGCACGAAAGCUAAAGAAGAUCGGACAGCUGAAGGGUCCAGAGGAGGAGAGCGCAGCACCGGGCAUGGCUCCUGGAUUCUGUUCAUCCGAAUUGACUCCGAUACCGUCACCUAAGCUGGGCCUGACUUUCCACUCCCAGCAAGUGUUCCUGGGUAUUCUAGAGGCCAUCGAGCCCGAGGUGGUAAAUGCCGGACACGACCACUGUCAGCCUGACUCUGCUGCAGCUCUGCUGACCAGUCUCAACGAGCUCGGAGAGAGGCAGCUGGUCAAAGUGGUCAAAUGGGCCAAAGGACUGCCAGGUUUCCGCAAUCUGCACGUGGAUGAUCAAAUGACGAUGAUUCAGCAUGCGUGGAUGGGCGUGAUGGUGUUCGCUCUUGGUUGGAGGUCGUACAAAAACGUGAACGCUCGGAUGCUGUACUUCGCUCCAGACCUGGUCUUCAACGAUCAGAGGAUGCAUAUCUCCAACAUGUAUGAGCACUGUAUGCAGAUGAAGCACCUGUCACAGGAGUUUGUGCUCCUUCAGGUCACUCAGGAGGAGUUCCUCUGCAUGAAGGCCCUCCUACUCUUCAGCAUCAUUCCUGUAGAAGGUCUGAAGAGUCAAAAGUAUUUUGAUGAGCUGCGUCUCACAUACAUUAACGAGCUGGACCGUCUGAUUAAUCAAGGGAGGAAGAGUAACUGCGCACAGCGCUUCUACCAGCUCACACGCCUCAUGGACUCGCUGCAGCCGAUUGUGCGGAAGCUGCACCAGUUUACCUUUGACCUUUUCGUCCAGGCCCAGUCUCUGCCCACUAAGGUCAGCUUCCCUGAGAUGAUCGCCGAGAUCAUUUCCGUCCAAGUACCAAAGAUCCUCGCUGGCCUGGCCAAGCCAAUCCUGUUCCACAAGUGACCCCAGGCUCCGCCUUCCAAGCCCAGACUGGCCAAGCCCACGGCCACCGAUCCCGUCUAGAUCCGGAUUGAUCCGGUCUGUUCCAGUCCACGGCACGGCCCGCACGGCUUUUUCUCUCAAGGUUCUGCAGGGAGACCUAAAGAUUUGUACUCUCUCUCUCUCUUUUUCUCUCUCUCUCUCCCUCUGUCCUCCUCUCUCGCUCCUUAUCCUUUUCUUCUCUUUCGAAAAAUGUCUCUGAAAUCUGCCGAGGACCAUUACAUUGUUACACCGGUCUAUCUUCUGCUGCGAGAUAAUUUCACAUCAUUUUCUCACGCUGAUAGCGCCGUGUGGAUCGCCCCUCUCUCUCUCUCUCUCUCUCUCUCUCCCUGUCUCUCUCUUUUUUCUCAAGCAUUAUUCCUGAAGAGUCUGAAAUCUGAAGAACCUUUAGUUUUUACUUGAGCCCUGAAAAGACAAAAUGUGCACUAGUAGUUUCCCUUAAAAAAGGCACUGCUCUGUUUACGUCUUAUAUAUAUAUAUAUAUAUAUAUUUCACUCUAUGCAUUUGUGUUGGCUUGGAAACGUAAGCGUUUACUGCCGUAAAGCUCGAGUUCAGGCUGCUUUAACCAGAAAAAAAAAACAAAAAACUAAAGGCAGAGAAAAGCUAUCUAAUGGCCUCCAAAAUUACUCACUAAUCAAAAGAGUGACAAUCAAGCGUGUUUAUAUCCGUGUCUGGGUUUCUAUUUUUCGUAUGGUGGUGUUCAAGUCCCAUGUAACUUUAGACGCACAGACGUUUUCUCUUCUCCGAUUUUACAGCGGCCACAAAACAGGAACCAACGUGUGUUUCUAAAACCUGCAACACAUAACGACUGCGCAGUAUUUCCAGUUCUCUUGGAUUGGAUUCUCUACUGUAUUACGCAGUUAUUUUACACUACCAUUCAAAAUCUGGAAUCACUGCAAUAACAUUCAGCAUUUUUCUUAAAUUCUCAAAUUUUUGCCACUUUACUUCAUACUUGAAGCGUUUUAGGAACAAUAAAAAGUGCUAAACAUUCAUUCAGAUGUUAGUAUUAGUCGAACUUUAGAGAUGGUAAUUAGUAGAUUAGUAGAACUUUAGAGACGUGAAUGUUAUUAGACCUUCUUCUUUGAUAUUAGGCUAUAAGUUUAGGCUUUCAUUAUGAAUUAAGACACAGAUUUGAGCUUUAGAUAUAACUAUAGAUAUUAAUGUUAUUAGAACUUCAUUAGGGCUAUUAAUGAUGCACUGCAUUACAGAUUUAGACGAUCAUGAUCUUUAUCAAAAGCUUUAUCUUUGAAAAAAAAACAUUUGAUGCAUUUAUCUAUAAACAAAAUGAAUACGUUUGUGAUAACAGUGAUGCUAAACUUUUGAAUGGUAGUGGGCUCUGCUGAUAAAGGAUAACAAUAUGAGAACUUAAUGCACAAACACACUCUUACACACACACACACACACACACACACAUUCUUACACACACAACAUAACCUUUGGUGAGGGCUGCAUGUUCUCUCUCACUUUACUUUUUAAUAGAAUCGUCUUUUAAACUUGCCAGUCUGACAAUUACGAUAAUAACUGUAGUUAUUAUCAACUCAUUUAUUUCUCUUCACUGCUUUCAACCUAUACAAAAAAAACACACAAAACAAAAAAAGACAAACAAAAAAAAAACACUUUGCAUGGUAAGGUUUUGCUCGUUAGAUGUUUUUACACUUUUACAAAAAUUAGCCUGUACAUGUUUCACUCUUUAUGAUGUGAGGAUUUUUGUAGCGAAUAAGCUCUUGCACUUCAAUGUGAAUCUUCCAGACAAGCGCACUGCUUUAGCCUUUUUCUCAUGGGCGGAGUUUGAGGAGCGAAGGACGUGCAACGAAACCACGACUAGCCACACCCCCAAAAGGUUUAUUCCAAUAAUUGUACUGGUGAUGGCGUGCAGAACAGCAUGACUGCAAAGGGUUUAAACAAUUGGAUAAUUCUAUUUAGUGUGUUAACCAUACAUAUGUUGAGUUAAUAAAUGGUUAAUGAAUGUCUAUUGUUGCGUAAUGCAACAUUAACAAAAGCUUAAGUUGUUUUAUAUUGGUGCCUGUUAUUAUUAUUAAUUAUAAGGGUUGCUCAAAUGUAUUGUAUCAUAUUUUUGUUUGACUUGAUCAUUUAUUUUGAAAACAUUCAUACAGUAUAUUUUAUCUUUCUAAAUGCAGUCAAUAUUCCUUAAUACUUUACUAAACCUCAAACAUCAGCUACAGGUCAGAAGCUGUAGUCUUAGUUAAACAAGACUACGUGAACCUUCGCUGCACUCUCUCCAACUCAGACUCUGCCUAUGCUUUUUCUCCUUCUCCUCGUUGCUGUGGUCAAUGUUGUUGACCAAUCCUUUGGCAUGGAAAUGCAUCCCUUCCCUCCCAAAUCCCCCAGCCGUCUCCUUUACUGCAAGUGCCACCAUUUCUGCACAAGCAAUAAGUAAUUAAAUCUCUUUUUUUCUGACAUUUGUAGACCUAGAAAACCAAAACACUGAACUGAACUAAGCUAAGCGAUGGACUCAUUCUGAAUGAAAAUGCAACAGGAGAAACCAUGGCCUUUAAAGAUUAAGCUAAACCGUUCCCUUUAAGCUAGUCUGAAGGACAGUCGGAGAUCGUCUCACCUGUUGAAUGUUGCCACACAAAAUGGCUAAGCAACCAGGCAUUGACACUCAUUAAAGCUAUACUGAUAGUUUGGCAAAGUGCUCUCCGCAAACUACUCCAAAUGCGGUCGAGACAUGGUUGGUGUCUGAAGUUUUGAGGUUUGCUUCUUUCGUUUUAUCUACGAGGCUACCAUAGCUAGCUAACAAGAUUAGCCUAAAUAACAGUGGGGAACUGUAACUAUUAUACCUCAGCUAAAACUUAUAACAAAUGAUUAAAACUAGCAAAACAAAAAAUGUGUUCUUGAAGUUUCCAAGGGAUUUUAGAAGAUAAAGUAAUCCAGUUGCUGCAAUUCAGGCAUUAAAACCAGACUUUUAAGGCUUGCGAACAAUAUAACAGUCUGGGGUCGGUUGCACCAGUUGGGCGUAAGCUUAAACGUAGGCUAGUUCUAACACGCGUGCUUACUAAAUUCAUAUUUACUCAUAAUUAUACUAAAUUAAAACGGGUUAUCACCACACAAACUAGUAUGUACACAGCAGCUAGUGGCUACUAAAUAUCUACACCUUCACCUGAGUGGGAGUAAGCUGUAAUUAAACCAAUAGAAAAACAUAAAAUUAACGAAACCAUUAGGGAUGUCCCUGAUCUGAUCAUGUGCUCGGAAUUGGGUCCAAUCACAUCAUUUUUUGAAGGAUCGGGUGGAAAAGACUCUGUUCACUGAUGUAUAUAAAAAAAAUAACAUUAUGUUGUUCAUAUGUCCAUUCAUAUGUCAGUAAAAACUACAUGUUCGCAGAAAGCGAAAUAAAUAUACAGAAGACAAAACAUUUUUUUUUUAUUUAAGAAAAGUAGUAUAUCGUCGCUGUCCAAUGAAAAACACUUAUCUCCAAAACACCAACUUCACAGGAGAGAGAAAAAACCUUGUAAAUUUUCAAUGGAAGUCAAUGUAAAAAGAGUUUGUUUCAGGUCAUUUUGAAGAGUUUCUAUUGGUCCGUUCAUCAAGAAAUUUUGCAACAGUGUAAGGGACAAUUUGUCUGUUCAAAUUAUGUAAUAAACUAAAAAGCGACAUAAAUGGAGAUAAGUGUUUUCCAUAGGACAGCGACGAUAUUUAAAUUGAAAUGGCUAUUUAGUGCUUGUUUAUUUUGGGAUUUAAAAAUCAUAAUAAUAAAAUAAUUUAAACCUUAAGGUACAACUUGGAGGUGUUCUUCCUUUUUUUAGUAUCAAAUCAGGACUCUGUAUCAGCAGAUACUCAAAAUCAAAUGACUCGGGACAUCCAUAGAAACUGUUAUAUGGGUGGAAAACAAAAACAGCUGCUGCUGGGUGUUAGGAUGCAGGCUACUUUUGAAAACAUAAUAUACAGCUCUGGACAAAAUGAAGAGUUUAUUUGAUUUUGCUAAUGAAUCAGACAACAUUUCUCCCAAAUUCCUUAUUAAAUAUUGCUAUUUAAGGCAUUUAUUUGCAGAAAAUGAGAAAUUACUAAAAUAACAAAAAAUAUGCAGUGCUUUCAGAACUUAAAUAGUGCAAAGAAAACAAGUUCAUAUUUAUAAAGAUCAGAGAGUUCAGAAAUCAGUAUUUGGUGGAAUAACCCUGGUUUUUAAUCACAGUUUUCAUGCAUCAUGUUCUCCUCCACCAGUCUUACACACUGCUUUUGAAUAACUUUAUGACACUCCUGGUGCAACGAUUCAAGCAGUUCACCUUGGUUUGAUCUUCCCCUUGAUUAUAUUCCAGAGGUUUUUAAUUUGUCAAAAUCCAAGAAAUCCUCAUUUUUAAAUAGUCUCAUAUUUUUUUUUACCAGAACUGUAUAUUAUAUAUUAUCCCAUAUAUUAUCCAAUAAGACAUGCCGUUAAGUCUGUUUUUUUUUUUUUAGAAUCAAAAUUUAUUAAAAACAUCUGUGCUAAUGCACAGCCUCUAUGAUCUACGCAUGAGUUACUUGUAACUAGUUAGGACACGACAUGCAAACUUGUGGUGCGACCGAUUUUAGUAAACAGAUCGUUUAAAAAGCACUAGUAGUAACUUAUGCAAAGUGUCUGAACAGAUAAUAUACUGGUUAAUAUAAUAAACUGUGUAUUAUCUGAGUAUACAGUAAACAGUUUGCAACAUGCUAAUUACAGGGGCUUCAGCUACAGUUGUUAGCCUUAGCUUUGUUAGCCUCGUAGCUCCAGUGUAAAGCUAAAGAACCACGUGGUAAACCCACGUUUUUUUUUUUUUUUUUUUUUUUCUUUUCACACCAAUCUGUCUCUUGAACUCUGCCAUUACUGUCACAUUUUGUUAAGUAGCUCGGCUGUGUGAGGUGCUAAAAACUGGAUCUGAAUGCGGGCACGGCCCCCUCCCCGCACCAGCCGGAGCAGCUCCAGCGUGCGUGUCAGGAAACAGAAGCCUGUGUGGCUUAAGAGCAGGAAGAAUGCAGAUUUCCAGGCUCCACUCGUUUGACUGGAUAAUACCGUGGGCGUUAUGUAUGUAGAUUGCCUUUUAACUGGGAAAGGCUCAGUGGAGAAGUGGCGCAGUCUGUUAGCUCGUUUGUGCCAUUUUGCUAGCUGACGCGCCGGCUGGAGGUAAAGAGGGGAGAGGAGGGACGGGAGAAGAUUGUUUUGUCAGGGGAGGACUUUUCUCCCCAUCUUGACAGCUCAGAGCGAACUGCGAACACACUCGCGCGACUCUUUAAGCAUUUAGAAGGUGCCUAAGGCGCUCAUUACGAAGCGCUAAACUGGAAACUGAGAAGUGCACUUUUUUUCUGUAUUAAGCCACCAGGCCUGAUUUGCACCCCCUCCCCCACUCGCACGCUGCUGCUUCAAAGCUAUGCUAAGUCAUUAAAUCAUUAAUCAAACGCCUGGUUCGCUAAUUACCAAGAGUUUGUGGGUUGUUUCAUAUUUGAUCAACAAGUUGGGAAAAGUUCAGCUCAUUCUAAAGUUUUCGAUCCCUUUUCCCGCCAAGUUAGCAAACGCGCCGUGCUAAUGAAGUGCUAACGACAGCCUUGUGUACCCGCUGCUUACAAAGAGGCCGUGUAGUGUUUAUGCUGGCCUUAGUAGAAAGCACUAAUCGCUAAUGCUUUUGUGUGCUUCUGUGGCUUAAAAAAAGGGUUGCAGAUGACGUUUGUUCUCAACCUCAAGCUCUGCUGUUCGGUUUCAAUGGCUUUAAAAAGGUGUUCGUGAAAUACAGACAGCCAGGUGCGCGUGCAUCUCUCACCCUAAUGAAUGUCAAGUGUGCAUGCUUCACUUUAUAUACUCCUGCAGCGCUGAGGUUAGGCUCGACUAAACCAAUCCCGUUAGUUCUACUUUUUUGACAAAAAGCAAUAAUUGAAGAAAACAGACGACAAAAGCUGCUUUUCGGAUUGCUUGAUCCCUGUUUCGGCUCCUGCUUUCAGAAGCCGACUCGGCUGACGGGUCGAGACAGCUAGAGGCGAACGUGGGGCACCUACUGGCUUCUGGAUACAAACUCUCGACUCUGUAAAAAAAACCUGGAUGUUUUCUAUUUCAUUUUUUGACGACGUGGCGUGUUGUUCAGUGAUUAGGAGUUAAGUAGUGAUGAUGAUGAUUAUUAUUAUUGCUUUUACUUUUUCCCCUUUUCUGAGCUGAACUGAAGCGUUGGUGUUUUUUUAAGCAGCAGUUUAAACAGAGCUCCUCAAAAUCUUCUGAUCUCACGUGAUUCUGAAAACGGGAAUGAGAUGGUUUAGUUUGGUGAAGAAGUCGAUGUACAAAUAAAGAAACAAGCAGACUUGUCGAGGGUAUGCAAACAAGCCAUGUAUUUAUGAUAUUAGCUCUCCUAUUUUUUUUUUUUUUUGGUUGUCGUUGGUGUAAGUCGUGUAACUUUGUGUAUGUAUGACUAAUUAUACCCGUUUUUCUAUCCUGCUAUUGGCUGUUAUAGUAUUCAUACACAUAUUCCUUAAGUGAUUUUUUUAAAAAGGUUUUUUUUUCCCUAGUGAACAGUUCUGGUUUGUGGUGUUUCUAAACUCCUGUAAGUUUAUAGCCUCUUUUUUAAGAACACAGCACUUUUGCAGAAUGUUUGGCUAUUAUUAUAAAAUGUAACCCCCCUGAGAAAAAAACUAUUCCUAUUUGUAAAUGGAUGAUCCAUUUGUUUUCGUUUUCUUUUCUGAGCUCUUGUCCGGAUGGUCACAGACAGACCAUCAGAAGCUUCACCACAUCAAGGAUUAUAAUGUGUAGCUUUUGUGUAAAUUUGUUUUGUCUGUGUUUCUUUACAUCCUAUAAAAUAAAAUAAUCAUCUUUGUG